AUGUCCAGUUUCAGAUCAGCGAUGGCAACUUCUUCUUUCUUCUUCCCUUUGUUAUUGCUGUUUCUCACUGUUUCAGAUUUAUUUGUGCAAACCCGUGGACUUAAUUUCGGAAUCAACUACGGACAAAUAGCCAACAAUCUUCCAUCUCCCUCUCGUGUGGCUGUUCUAAUAAAAUCUCUUAAUGUCUCAAGAAUCAAACUCUAUGAUGCUGAUCCAAAUGUUCUAUCUGCAUUCUCCAACUCAGAUGUGGAAUUCAUCAUAGGAUUAGGGAGCGAGAAUCUGCAGAACAUGAGAGACCCUUCUAAGGCUCAGAGUUGGAUCCAACAACAUGUUCAACCUUAUAUUUCACAAACCAAAAUUACUUGUAUAACUGUAGGAAACGAGGUCUUCAGCUACAAUGAUACUCAGCUCUCAGCAAAUCUCCUCCCUGCAAUGCAAAGUGUGUAUAAUGCCCUUGUUACUCUAGGACUAGCACAGCAAGUUACUGUUACAACAGCUCAUUCUUUCAGCAUUUUAGCCACCUCAUUCCCUCCUUCAUCAGGGGCAUUCAGGCAAGAUCUGAUACCAUAUAUUCAACCCCUUCUUAACUUCCAUGCUCAAAUCAAAUCACCCUUCCUCAUUAAUGCAUAUCCCUUUUUUGCAUACAAGGACAACCCAAACCAAAUUUCCUUAAAUUAUGUACUAUUUCAGCCAAAUUCAGGGUCCACGGAUCCAAUGACCAAUUUGCAUUAUGAUAAUAUGUUGUUUGCUCAAAUUGAUGCUGUCUAUGCUGCCAUCAAAGCUCUGGGGCAUACUGAUGUUGAAGUCAGAAUUUCAGAAACUGGUUGGCCUUCUAAAGGUGACCCUGAUGAAGUUGGAGCCACACCACAGAAUGCAGAAAUAUACAAUAGUAAUUUGUUGAAGAGGAUAGAGCAGAAGCAAGGCACUCCUGCAAAACCAUCGGUCCCAAUUAAUAUUUAUUUCUUUGCACUUUUCAAUGAGAAUAUGAAGACUGGUCCUAUAUCAGAGAGAAACUAUGGCCUUUAUUAUCCUGAUGGCAACCCAGUUUAUAACAUUGGAUUAGAAGGUUAUCUCCCAGAAAUGGUUAUAGAGUCAAGAUCUAACGUAAGUAUACACACUUGA